AUGUCGUGCUUGCUAGGCAGGAACCUGGACAUCUUGAGCAACCUCGAGCGGAUGGAGAAGCAGGUCGAGGCCCUACGGAAGCAGGACCGCGAGACCAACGCGGAGCUGGCAAAGCUGCAACACCAAGUCAAAGAUCAAGAGACGCGGAACAAGAUGGUGGAGGCACAGCUGAAUGCCGAAAGAGUGAAGAACGCCAACCUUGUGCCGCUGGAUCAGUUUGAGGCGGCGAAGGAAGAGAUCCGAGCGGCCAAAGCAAAAUGUGUCCAGUGGGAAGAGAUGUAUGCGGCAAAAGAGAAGGACGGGCUUCAAGCACCUUUUUUCAAGUCUCCGGAGUGCAGGGUGGGACGGGAAGUCUGGGAUGGUGUAGAUUCCCAGUUGCGGGCCUACAAUCAUAGCCUUUUCCUUGUUGGAGUUCCCUGCAAGCAGGAUUACCAGAACAUUGUGGAAGCCUACAAGCUCGUCAGUAACCAUGACACCGCGGGCGUGGAGGCAUGGAGGGCUCCAGUUCGGCAGCUAGGACUUUGGGAUGUUUGCGAGCUUGCGCGCAAGUGUGUCACGAGUCCCUCUGCAGUGCUCACCUUCCGCGCAUACGGAGUUCACAGGGUCAACCCAGCAAAGGAUACGCAGUGGGAACCGGGGACCUGGUGUGGGAGUCGCUUGUGCCCACCAGCGCUGCGCAGCCGCUCUCGUCAUCCUGAUGUCCGCUGA